UCUCAUCCACGCACUCGUGCGCGCUCUCGCAUCACCACACGGAUACCCGGACCGCUUUCUCUGCUAUCGCAAUUGAACAUUCACCCCAAAAGGAGAUAAAACACUGAGGGAAGCACCUGAAAACAUGGAUUUAUUCUCCAUCCCACCGCGCGUUUGCUGGUGGAGGGGCUUAUUUCUCAUGAGCAUCUUCCAGAAUUACAUGAGCUCCAUGCUGGACUGCCCGCCGACCUGCACUUGUUCCACCACGGACAUCUUUUGCAAUAAGUCUUACCAAGGGAAUUUCUUUCCCCUCCUCGCGCUACAAGACACCAUGAGCGACGGGAAUAGCACCAACAGCCUCCCGGACCUGUUUGAGAACAUCUCCACCAUACACAUCGAGAACUGGCCCAGCUUGCAGACGCUAAGAGAUGUUGACAUGGAGCUGUACACUGGACUUCAGAGACUGUCCAUCGUAAACUGCAACCUACGUGUGAUUCAACCAAGAGCCUUUGCUCAGAACCCCCACCUGCGCUACAUAAACUUGUCCAGAAACCCUCUGACAACUCUCUCAUGGCAACUUUUCCAGUACCUCCAACUUUUUGAACUGAAACUGGAAGGGGUGGUGUUUAACUGCAGCUGCAAUAUCCGCUGGAUCCAGCUGUGGCAGCAGAGAGGCGAGGCCGGACUCCAUAACCAGCAGCUGUACUGCAACAAUGGCUUCUCCAAGAUUCCUCUACAGCUCAUGAACAUCUCUCAGUGUGAUUUACCAGAAAUCAGCGUAAGUCACACUAACCUGACGGUGAGAGAAGGAACAACGGUCACCAUCACCUGUAAUGGGUCAGGCGUGCCGGUACCGGAAGUGGAUUGGACUGUAAAUGGACUUAACUCCAUUAACACACACCAAUCCAACCAAUAUCCACCGAAUGUCCACUCCAUAAACUUGACUUUGUCCAACGUUAGCCGAGACGAUAAUGGCUUCAUGCUGACCUGCAUUGCAGAGAACAUAGUCGGGAUGACUAAUUUCUCCAUACAGCUUUCGGUUCAGUUUUCUCCUGCCAUCAUAAAGUUUGAGGAGCCAGAGAAAUUGCAUGACACGUGUAUGAUCUUCACUGUACGUGGGCACCCCCUGCCCACCCUGCGGUGGUACUAUAAAGACGAGGAGAUCAAGGCGACCGAGUACAUCCGUCCAGAGAUGGUGGUGUAUCAGGACAACCUGGAGGGGUGUCUUAUGUUCAAAACCCCCACCCACCACAACAAUGGCAACUACACAUUGGAGGCCAGGAACUUCCUGGGUGUGGCCAUCAAAACUGUGUACGCCCACUUCCUAAAGCCUCCUUUUGAUGACUACAUUGAAAAUGUGAGUCCGACACCAACCGCUAUUCCAACUAUGACACAUCGGCCUGAAGAGGACACCUUUGGCGUGUCAAUUGCAGUUGGCUUGGCUGGCUUUGCCUGUGUGCUCCUUGUCGUUAUGUUCGUGCUAAUCAACAAAUAUGGCAGACGCUCCAAGUUUGGCAUGAAAGGACCAGUGGCUGUUAUCAGCGGCGAGGAAGAUUCAGCCAGCCCCCUUCACCAUGUCAACCACGGCAUUAUAACCCCAUGCACCCUGGAUGCCGGGCCAGACGCUGUUGUGAUUGGCAUGACCCGCAUCCCAGUUAUCGAGAAUCCACAGUACUUCAGGCAUGGGCACAACUGCAACAAACCCACCACAUAUGUACAGCACAUUAAGCGCCGAGACAUUGUGCUCAAGAGAGAAUUGGGCGAGGGAGCCUUUGGGAAGGUGUUCCUGGCAGAGUGCUACAACCUAAACCCCACUAAGGACAAGAUGCUGGUGGCUGUCAAGACCCUGAAGGACCCCACCCUUGCAGCAAGGAAAGAUUUCCAGAGGGAGGCGGAGUUGCUGACCAACCUUCAGCAUGAUCACAUAGUGAAGUUCUAUGGCGUCUGCGUGGACGGAGAUCCGCUCAUCAUGGUCUUUGAGUACAUGAAACAUGGAGACCUCAACAAGUUCCUCAGAGCCCAUGGCCCAGAUGCAAUGAUCCUGGUUGACGGACAGCCACUGCAGACCAAUGGGGAACUGGGUUUGUCUCAAAUGUUGCACAUCGCUACUCAGAUCGCAUCAGGGAUGGUCUACCUUGCAUCUCAGCAUUUUGUGCACCGUGACCUGGCAACCCGCAACUGCCUGGUGGGCAACGGUUUGCUCGUGAAAAUCGGAGACUUUGGAAUGUCGAGAGACAUCUACAGCACGGACUACUACCGGGUGGGAGGUCACACCAUGCUGCCCAUUCGCUGGAUGCCUCCCGAAAGCAUAAUGUAUAGGAAGUUCACAACGGAGAGUGACGUAUGGAGCUUCGGUGUCAUCCUCUGGGAGAUCUUCACAUAUGGCAAGCAGCCAUGGUUUCAGCUGGCAAAUAAUGAGGUAAUCGAAUGCAUCACGCAAGGACAAGUACUGGAGAGGCCACGACUUUGUCCCAAGGAAGUCUACGACAUCAUGCUGGGAUGCUGGCAGAGGGAACCCCAGCAGAGGUUGAACAUCAAAGACAUCCAGAAAAUUAUUUAUGCCUUGGGCAAAGCCACACCUGUCUACCUGGAUAUCCUGGGGUAGUGUUUCUUGGGAAUAUGUUUGUCUGUUUAUGUCUAUCCAACAGAGGAACAAACAACCUGGGAAUAACUCAAAAAACAACAUGUCCCUUACUGCUCCACUGUCAGACACCUACAACAUGGGGAUGGACUUAAGUGCCUGCAACUCCUUUCGAUACACUGGAUAACAGUCUUUAAAAAGCACUUUUACAUUUUGUUUACCUGAGUAUGAAAAUGUACAGUUCUACUGCAAGAAGAGGAGUCUCUGUCUUUCUCUAUUUUGUUCUUUUUGUUCAUUUUGCUGUGGUAAGAACAGCCUAGACCAACAGAAGAAUUUCCUCGAAAAUAUAUAUAAAAAAUAAAACUAACAUUUUUUUUCCAGACUUCUUGACAAAAGAUUAAACGCUCCCCGUGGUUACUUAUUUUUUUUUAUUUUAUUUAUUUUUUAUUUUUUUUUCUCCCAGCGUGGAUGUCUGCCAUGUUUCUUGCUAAGAGUAUAUUACCUUUCGGAUAUGACUGCUUAAUGUUGCCAUGUCAGAUUAUUGGCAAUGACUUUUAAAAAAAACCUUACUGCACUCUGAUUGGCCGGAUCUUCUCUUUGACUCUACUACAGGAAGUAUCCAACAGGGCUUUUAAAUACUACAAGGAGCUUUUUAGAGAGUGGAUUAACUUGAACGAGUAAAAGAACUACCAAUCAAUACAAAGGAGUUUAUUUAAAUUAAAAAAAAAAAAAAGAAUGUAUAUAAUGUAAAUUUCUGUGUCACAAGCGCCAGUAUGUUAAAUUAUUUCAUUUCCUGAUUAGACGAUUUUAGUUCCUUGGUGUGCUGUUACGGUGAGUGAAUUAUAAAAAUAUUUUGAGAAUAUUUUAGUGUUUUUAUCUUUUUUUUCCCCCACAUGUCCAUAGAAUGUAUGUCGUUAUUUUGAUCUAAAAAAAAUUUCUUUGUGUGUGUGUGUGGAAAAUGUGACAAAUUACCAAGAGGACUUUAGGUAGAGCAUGGUUACAUGUUCACAG